UAUAAUGAUGAUAACAAUAUUAUAGUACCAUAGCCGAACGCCUGAACGCGCCAUAAUGCCAUAUUGACGAAAGACGAUUGUGUUCUCUUCGUGCAUUACCUCUGUCGGUGAUUGUCAAACCCAUUUUUUUCAAUUUUUUCCUCGCCCCAUUCGGCUUUUGCGUGUUCGCACCAGUUGCGGAGACCAAAGGGCAACGAUAGUACACCGGCACCGAACGCUAUGGAGUCCAGUGAAAAUGUCCGUUUCAUUUUCGGCUUGCUGGACGAUAUAAACGAGCAAAUCAACUCCAGAAAUGCUGCGUUAAUGGGCAUUAAUGAACAAGAUAUUACAAACAUAAUUAAUGAUAAUUUAAAAUCAAAAAAAUAUAAAUUCUCAAAUCAUGGCCAAAGAGUAGUUCAUUUUAUUCUAUAUUUGAACACUAAGUUGGAAAAUUGUAAUUGGGUGAAAGAAGAUGCAUCACUUAACCUCAAACGAUAUGUACAUGGCAGCCCUCUCCCUAGUUCCAUUUACUUUAUAAUUGUUAAUGUAUUGGAUUUAAAGCCAUUUAUAUUUGAAACUAUAAUGUAUACUCCUUACAGUUUUUGUAGCGAUUUAAUUGAAUUUUAUUUAAAUGGAAUAAAAGAUAUGGAUGGACUUUCACAGCUAGUUGCUACUGAAAACCUAAUUAUUGCUCUAAUGAAAUCAGUUAGACGUGCACCAGUAAGAUCUAAUUCAGAAGGUUCUGUAGCCAGUCAUUUCAAUCAAGCCAUGCUAGUAUUCAGUAAGGAUAAUUUACCUCAUGAUAUGAGAAGACUUAAUUUCUCAGACGAGCAAAAAGAAAUAACAAAGUAUAAUGGAUUUCGGGUGAAAAGCAUAUUUAACAUUUUAAUAGAAAUGAUUAAAUUCAAAAGUAUACCUGAUACUUACAGGAUGUAUCCUAUGUAUAAAUUAAAAUCAUUACGUUCUUCAGUUCCGUCAACAGAUACUGGUCAUAUUAUGUUUAAAAAAUUUUUUGAUGUACUUAUGUAUAAGUGUAUGAAUAUGUGCAAUUUCAGCAUUGAUACUUGGCUUUCUUGGUAUGAAGUGGAAGUUAUUGAAGAUGACACUAAUCUACAAGCAGCUAUUGGACAUCUAUGCUAUGAAUUAUGUAGUUUGAUAGAUAAUGGAAUUAUUAAUGAACCUUUAUUAAAAGAGUUCCAUCCAAUUCUACGUAACAUAGCCAUAGAAAAGAUUGAUUUUAGUAAUAUUGAUAUUACUGAUAUUGAUGCAAUGACUAUACGUGUAGAUAAUUCUUCUAAAUUUCAUCUCAAUGGUUGGAUAAAAAAAAUGAUAGAAAACAAAAAUGUUUUUGUUCAUGACCGUGCUAUUCAAGUAAUGUACAAUCACAUAAGCGGUGUUGAUUACAAUUGCUUUAAGGCUAUCGUUGAUAAUGUUAUGGCUUUUUGUAAAACUGGAGGCAUAGUGUCCGAAGCUCUGGGAAAAGUAAUAUUUAAAGGAAUCAAACACUUGGAUCUAGAAGAUAAAUUGACUAUUCUCAGACAUGUUGUUGUGAACCAUAUUGAUAAUCCUUUUUUUGUAUCAAAUGAAUUUGAUGAAAAAUUACGUUAUGUUGCCCACAAUGAGUAUAGUAAUAAUAUUAAUCAUCAAGAAUUAUUGUCCAUUUCAAUUUGGCUAACGAUACAACAACCAAAAAAAAUGUUUAAUAUAUUAAUAAAGCAGUAUAUAACCGGUAUUUGUGGAUUAAACCCUAAAGAUAUAGAUUCUAAUAGAUCAUGUUUAUACCAAAUGUUGCUUAGUCUUCAUUUAGACAUGGAUACUGGUUAUAUUUAUCAAGAAUAUAAGAACUUGAUGUUAGAAUAUCCAAAUUUACCACCAUCUGCACGUGAGCCCUUUCAUAAUUGCAUUUUAGGAUUUAUCCAGAAGCUGUAUUUUAUAAAAACAAAGCCAUUUCUUACAUACGUCAUGUUACCUCUCCUAAACCCUUCGCCAAAUUUUGAAUAUUUAAAAUAUUUGAUAAAUUUAACUAAAAUACUUGUGGAUGACUUUCAAACUAUUGAAGAUUGCCACUUAGAAAUCUGGGAUAAAUUACUUGCACAGUUGGCUAAAAUAAUGGAUGAUGUACGUUGGAAUAUUCAUAAUUAUUCAUCUAUUAAAGUUGAUGUAUGUGAAUCGAUCAUUGUAACUAUUCAGCCUAUUCUUAUCUAUAAUACACACUACGGGGGAAAUACAUUAGGUAAUAGUAAUCUAAUUAAAUCAGCACACUUGGAAAAUAUCAAACAAGAAUUAUCAAGUUUACAUUUGAUGACUCGUUCUCAUUUCUUACGUUUGUGGACAUCUGAAUAUAUUACAAUAGAUGGAAUGGAUGAACAAUUAAUUAUGACCGUUCAUUCACAGAGUCAUAUUUCAUACUCUAAUUUAAAUAGAUCAUCAACUCAAAGAGCCCAAGAAGAAUUUAUUUUUAGCAUUGCAACAUUUAUGCCAAAGUUCACACCACAUGAAAUAAGGAAUUUCAUAGCAAAUUAUUUAAGUUCAGCCAAACCUCCAGACUUUGUUGAGGCAUCAUUUUACUUGUUGGAUUGUGUGAUGAAUGCUGUAAUGAGAAUUAUUGUUUACUUGAAAACUGCUGUUCAAAAUAAACCUUGCAAUAAUCAAUGUGAGUGGGACUAUAUACAACGUGUUGUGUUUGACUUUUUUAAUGCUGCAAAUGAGUCAAGCAUGUGUUGUAUAUAUGAAGAAGAAUAUAACGCUAGCUUCAUAAUCAACAGUGUGACUAAAAUUACAAUGGUAAUAAAAUUGCUUGGCGAUAAAAAAAUAGACUGUUUAGUACCAAUGUUACAUCGCUUAAUUUAUGUAUCAAAAGCACGAAUGAACGCUGAAGAAAUUUCAAAUGUUUUGUCUGUGUUAGCUUCUAUAAAAGUUACUUAUUAUACAAAUGCCGUGAACCCUAUAAUAAGACAAUUAAUGAGUGAUAUUUUACUAAAAUAAUCAUUAGAUCAAGAUUAAGACUUGUACACUUAAAUAAUAUUUCAUUUUUGGUACUCUUUUAAAUAUAAACAUACAUUAUGAAUGAGUAAAGAUGUUCUAGUAUUUUUAUUUUGAAUGUUAUAUUUCAAUUAUUCUUCCAAACAUUCAUUGUUUCACAGGUUAGUUAAUUAUUAAUAUUUUGAAUUAAUAAUUUGUUUUCCUAAUUAGAUCUCAUUGAAAAAAUAACUAAUAAGGGUUGGCAAUGAGCUAGGUUAUUAUUAUAAUUAAUAUAAUAUCAAUAAAUGAAAAGUUACAAUGUUAAAAAAUAUGUGUGUCUUAUAUUCUUAGCUAGAUAUAUAAUUUAAAAUGUUGGAAUACAACUUUUAUAAAAUCAUCAUUUUUAAAUAUUUUAAUUAUGUAUGAGAUUAUUUUAAAGUAAUUCCAUUAAAUAUGUAAGAAUUUUGUUUAUCAUUAUGUAUAAUUCAUUUUAUUUAUACACACAUAUAUACCAAAAAGUAUAUUAUAUUUUAAUGUGCUUUGACUGAUUAUUGUCAUUAAUACCUUUAUAUUUUUAUUUAUCAUAUUUUUACAUUUUUACGUUUUUGUAUAAUAUUGAAUUAUUUGGUAUUUCUUUUGUUGUGUUAUAAAUUGUUUGUUUAAAGUUCCUAAAUUAUUAUCAGCCGCUUAAAUUUAAUAAAUUACAAUAUGUUAUGUAUUCUAAAUGACUUCAUGAACUAUAUAAAUUACAAAAUAUUUACUGUACAAUUAUUUAUCAAACAUUGAGAUUCUUCUAUUGCUUAUAUUAUGUAUACAAUUGAUAAACUUUAUACUGUGAAAAUGUAUGAAUAACAUAAUUCUCUUGUAUACCUCUAAAUAUUUCAUUGUAAAUUUAUGUAAUAUUAGAAAUAUUCAUUUUAAUCUGUACUUUAUUUUUGAUUCAUUACCAAUUUUUGUAUCAAAUAUUGCUAAUUAGUGUUCUUAGUAUACCGCAUAACUUCAACAUUUAAUUUUUAUAAAAUCUUUUAUUAAUAAAAAAAAAAUAUUUUAUUGAUAUAUUACAUUUUCUCGUGGUCAUAUUUUUAUUAAGCAUCUUAAAUGUAUGAAGAAUGUUUUCAUUUUACUUUCAAUAUUAAAGUAUUUAUUUACUCUUAAAACUUCAUUAUUAUACCAUAGUUUUUUAAUAUGCUUACCAAUUUUAUGAAGUAUAAUUUUAAUAUUAUUAAAUGUAUUAAUUUGCUUAUAAGAUCACAUAUAGCAAUUAGAGAAUAAAUUGUUAUAAACAAUAUGAAUUUAUAUGCUAUAUUUCAAGAUAAGAAUAAUUUAUCUUCAUCAAAAUUGUAUAAAUGAUUAUUUUAUAUUAACCAAGUAAGAAAAAUACAUUAAGUUUAUUUGUAAUAGUAAUUAUUAAAAUAAAAACUAUACUAUAAUUAUGUAUUCUUUAAAAAGUUGUAUAAAUUAGAUAUAAGAUAAAUAAUAAUAAGUAAUACAGUAGAGUCUCACUAAUCCGGACAUCUGGACAAUUUGUAUUUUGUACUUUAGUACUCUUGUAUAAUGUAUAUAUUCGAGAAUACCUGAAUACCCAUUAUAAAGAUAUUAUUGUUUCGAUUAAUAAUAAUAAUUUAUAAUGUACAAUUGUAAAUCAAUAAAUUUUGAAUUUGUAUAAAUACAUAAGGUGUUUUUUGAAAAAUACGUAUUAGCAAGUUAAAAAAAAUGCCAUUCUGUUUCAUCCGGAUUUUCGAUAACUCGGAUAGUGUCUGGUCCCAUUAAGUCAGGAUUAGCGAGACUAUUGUAAAUAUUAUGUAUUAUGAUUUAUGGUUAAUAAACAGCAGUUAUUGUUUUGUAUGCACUGGUGCAUCAAUUCUUAAGGUAUUGUGGUACAUAAUACGCUGAUUGCUGGUUAUAACAAAAAUAUAAAAUGUACUGACAUAGAAUUUUGUUAGUUUCAAAUUAAUGAAAUACUUUCCUAAUUAUAUCACAUUAAACAAUCUUAUUCUUAUUUUAAAAAUA